AUGGGCAAGGAGAAGAAGAAGGCCACCAACAAAGACGGUGGGAACGAUGGCGGUGGCGGCGGCAAGGCGGCAAAGGACACGUCCGGUGGGUCGGGAUACACAAAGGUGAAGGUGCGCCAUAUACUCUGUGAGAAGCACGGACGGGCCAUGGAGGCGUUGAAAAAGAUUAACGAGGGAUCGAGUUUUGCUGACGUUGCACGGGAGUAUAGCGAGGACAAGGCGCGCAGCGGCGGGGACUUGGGGUGGAAGCGACGUGGCGAAAUGGUUGGUCCCUUUCAGGAAGCGGCCUUUGCGUUGCCAAAGGGCGGGAUGACACCGGAGCCAGUAAAGACCUCGUUUGGUUAUCACAUCAUUUUGGUUGAGGACAAACAGUAG